AUGCAUGGGUUGGUGUACAACAGCGUCAGCUGCUCCUCAGCUGAUCGGAAGUAAAAUUCAGACUGGUUUUGUAAUUAACGGGCACUAAUGGCAGAUACCAUAGCAGAUACCAGGCGGCUUUUUGCCAAACCACAGAACCUAAACGAUGCCUACGGUCCACCGAGUAACUUUUUAGAGAUCGAUGUUGGAAAUCCGGAAACGGUGGGCAUCGGUCGGGCGAGAUUCACUACAUAUGAGAUCAGACUGAAGACUAAUCUUCCGAUCUUCAAGCUAAAGGAGUCGUGCGUCAGGAGGAGGUACAGUGACUUUGAGUGGCUUAGAGGAGAGCUGGAGAGAGAGAGCAAGGUAGUCGUUCCUCCUCUGCCUGGAAAAGCUUUGUUUAGGCAGCUCCCAUUCCGAGGAGACGAUGGCAUCUUCGACGAUUCCUUCAUCGAGGAGCGGCGGCAAGGCCUGGAACAGUUCCUUAACAAAGUGGCCGGACAUCCACUGGCACAGAACGAGCGCUGCCUGCACAUGUUCCUUCAGGAUGAGUCGGUGGAUAGAAGCUACACCCCCUCCAAAAUCAGAAACGCCUAAACCGACUACACUAGAACUCAUUAGACGUUUGGUAAGGCUCGGUCAACCAGAACCCGUCCCAGGGAUUAAAACGGAUGGAAUAAGCGCCCUAACCAGAAUGAACUGUCCAAUCUAAAUAGCACUUACGGUCCUGAGCGGGAUCUAGCACGCGUCGAACUUCACACUGAAAUGAUCUUUCGGGGAUUUUUAAAAAAUCUGGACUCGAUUCCUCAUCCGAAUAAAUUGCUCUGAUAGAUCCAGUUUCAAAUCCCACUUAAAAUUAAAUCUGAUUAACGGUCUCCUUGUGUGUUAAAUUGUGGAUAUUUAUAGUAGUUUUGUGUUCACGAGCGCCGCCAGCUAACAUUUUUAUAUACUUUAGGAUCGGUCCGCCGUUCCUGCUAGGAAUUUCUGACAAACAUGAACCAAAAAUACACAUAUGCAAACAAAUCAGUAUUGAGUUUGGACCUUCAUUUAACCGAAACGUGGUUUAACGUUCAGAGUCAGCUUUUUCUGUCCGAUACUUGCACUACUAGUCGUUUCCUCACGGAGCAGAACUCACAGAAAUGUACCAGCCGCUAGCUGAGCCCUCAGCGUUGUUCCUUAUUCCCUCCAACUGAAGCACAUGUACACACGUAAAGCCGUUCAUGCUGCAUGUUUCUAGAUUUGUAUACUGCUGUGCCAUUAUUUGUUUGUUUCCAAUUAAAAAAAAAAAAGGAUUUUCCAAUAAAACUGCACACACAAGUGGUGAUAAA